AAAAGGCCGUCCCAGAAAAGAAAACUCGACGAUGUGGAAGCAGACGAAUCUACGCACAACUCCAAACAAACCACUAUGAAAACGCAACAAGAUCGAAACGAAGAAGAUCAGCUCUUCAACAAACACUUCCGCAUGAUCUGCGACCUGUGUGGAACAUCAGCAGCAACCUUCACAAUACUCCGUAGUCAUUUCUGGAAGGAACACAAACGACGUGACGGUUACGUAGUUUGCUGCAACAAGAAGCUGUCCAAACGGUACACCAUCCUGGAUCAUAUCGAUUUUCACGCCAACCCGGAUGUGUUCCGGUGCGAGGUGUGCGGGAAAAAGUACAAGAACAAGGACACCCUGAAUGCACACACGCUCUGCCGGCACUCGAGCGAAGAUCAGCGUCCAUUCAAGUGCGACCUUUGUCCGCAGUCCUUCGCUCAGAAGUCUGCUCUCGCUCUGCACAUGGAGCGGCAUGUGAAAGUUAAGUGCCCUCAGUGUAAAAAAAUGUUCGCCUGUAAUAGCACCUUAAGUAUUCACAUGACCAACCAGCAUAGCGGCAAGGAUCGGACAAUGGUUUGCGACACCUGCGGUCAGGAAUUUCUGAGCAAGCAAUGCUUCGAUCGGCACAUGAACGAGCACAUGGGAAUCGAGGUACAGCGGUUUCAGUGCGGAAUCUGCCAGCGUUGGUUGAAGGGUGAACGGAAUUUUCGAAAUCACAUGAACUGGGUACACACCGACGGUGACCGGGAGUUCCAGUGCGAUAUAUGUCUGCAGAAAUAUCCACAUUCCCGUGCGCUGCAGUGCCAUAAACUGCAGACGCAUGCAGAGCCCAAACACGAGUGCGAAUUUUGCGGCAAGAAGUUCAAGAAGGCAAUUGCAUUAAAGGAGCACCGCACCACCCAUACGGGUGAAGUUUUGUAUGCCUGUGAGCAUUGUGGAAUACCGAAUAACUGUAAGGCGAACUUGUACCAGCACAUCAAACGGCAACAUCCGACGGAGUGGGCGCAGAAGAAACUAAAGGCAACUCAAAAGAGCGGUUCCUCUUGAAGGUAUUAGGUCUUGC